AUGAUCCAGGACUGGCCGGACAUGACUUUCAUGCUCAAAAUGGUCAAGAUGGGCAAAGCUCCCAGCACAACAGCAGAGCAGCACCGCACUACAGCCAAAGCGUUCUCCAAGCACUGUCAACAUCUUGCUUGCUGCAUGGAGCUUGUGGCACAGGAGCAAGUUGACCUGGCUGAGCUUGCUAUGGCUUGGCAGCACCUGCAGGCCCUCGUCUGCAACAAAGCAGACAAGGAUGUAAUCAUCACUGCUAUCAAGCACGUGAAGACAAUGCGCAGCCAUUACAAGACAAAUGUCACCAACUUGUACGUUGUCAAUGUCUCGGCACCUUCACCUGUCCGCGCGGAUACAAAGGGUUUGAUAGAAGACGCAAAGGAUGAGCCCACUCCCUUCUCCCAGGUGCCUGUUGCGAGCGAAGGCUCGAGCCCACGUAGUGAUGGCGAUGGUGAGUACCAAGGUGACUUUGCUCCUUGGGCCACCAUAGGCUGACCCUUGUAUGCCGUGUUGCAUACUUGUCCAACUUGUCUAAGCGUGCUCUCAAGUGCAGCACUAAAGCCCGGUCUUACUCGUUGCACGGCACAUUGGGCGCCUCGACAUUCUAUCGUCCUACUGACGAGCAGAGCUUGAAAGUAAUCUCGUUCUCAAAGUUGUCCUCAGUCCUUCCGAAGCAUUGCCAAGGAAGGUGAGCAUGCGUGAUUCAGCGCAUUGUCCUUCUCGCCCAGCAGCACAAUGCUGAAAGAUCUUUCACCUCAGCUUUCUUUGCCUGGAGCUACUAGGAUCCUUUCAACACGCAUUUGCCACCCCAACUUGAUGGCAGACAUCGUUGCUAACCCCAAUGGGUCCAUUCAUUAUGAUCUCAAUCAGCCAGGCCAAAAGUGCUGA